UGUAGGAUCUACAUUAAUAAAUUUGACAUUAGAUUCCAACACUGUAACAGAAAUGUUACGAAUUCAUCUUAUUUCUUCUGGUUCACAAUUUAAACGUGAUAGACGGCAAAGUGUUCCUGAUUAUAUAGAGGAUGAUCCUGGACUUUUAUUUAAAUUGGAAGAACCUGUAUUAUUAAAAGAUCUUUCAUCUGUAUCUGUGUAUGAAUUAUCAACAGAAAAUAGAUUGAAAAUUUUCAAAGUACUGAUAGACCAAUUUUUGACAUAUGACAUGUUUCAUGAAGUCAUUGAUGAAAAGAAUGAAAAACUUCGUUUAGCCAAAAUUGAACUGAGACAGUUACAACUUGCUUAUAAAAAAGAAAUUGAAAGUUCUGGGAAAUUAAUUAAUGAAUCUGGAGAAUCUGAAGAUGAUAAAAUAGCAAAUUUAAUAUCAAAUAAAAUAAUGACACGUAAAGAACAACAAGAACUACUUGAACCAUUAAAUAAAAGAAAAGAUCUUGAUAAUAAAAUAUCUGAAGUAAAAAAUAGCAUAAGUAAUCUCCAGAAUGAUGUAGAUGUAAUAUUACUUGGAAGAGAUCGUUCCUAUCGCCGAUUUUGGAUGUUUAAAACAAUUGCAGGAUUAUUUGUUGAGGAUGAUGAUCCAUUUGUAGGAGAUUGUCAACCUGUACCAACACCUUAUAAUCCAAAUUGUAAUCCAUCAUUUUCCAAUGAACUUCCUUUACCUUUUAUGAAGAAAUUUUUACAGUCAUCGUCUGAUGAAAAAAGUACAAAUAGUGAUAAGGAGAAUGAAUUAAUUGAUAAUCCAGCACAAAAUCAUAAUAAUGAAUUAAAUUGUGUAAAAUCAUCUGAUUUAUUAGACACUACCUUGAAUGGAAAAACAACAGAAUAUUCACAUAAUGAUGAAUUAAAAAUAUCUGAAUCGGAACUUGCUCAACGAGAAUUUUUGUAUAGAAUUGAUGUGAAUAAUUCAUUAUGUAGAAAACAACUGUGUGAAGACAAAAAUUCUUAUCAAAAAAAGGAUAACCCAGUUUCUGGUGUUUGUACCGCGUGUUCAUUAACUUGUCCAGUACAUGGAAAAACUGUUCAAAGAACUGCAUGGUCAUUUUACCAUAAAACUGAAGAUUUAGAUCAACUUAUAGCAGCACUUAAUACUCGUGGGUUUCGUGAAAGAAAUUUAAGGAAUGAAUUAAUUAAUAAUAAGAUAAAUAUUCAAAAAUCUUUAGAAAAGUGUCCUGUCCAUUUAUUAAAUAAUGAAUCGAUAGAAUAUUAUCAGUACAAGGAACGUCGUAAAUCUCAGCGACAAGGAAAUAAAUCUCAAAGUAAUAAACCAUCUCAGUAUGCUUGUAUGCUUCCUGAAGAAGCCUUGGAAAUGGUUUUGACAGAUGCUAUUUUAGAAAUGGAAGACAAUUUACAUGCUGGUUAUCUUGGUAAACUAAAGGUUGAUGAUCGUCUUGCAUGGAGAUUGAAAUUAGAGAGAAAAACUGACAGGGUGUCUCAAGAUAAAAAAACAGGAAUAAAUGAGUAUAGAAUCUUAUUAGGUGCAGCAGAAAAACUAAAAGCAAGAGAAGGUCUUUCAGACAUCCAACAGAGAAUCAAAAGGCAAACACUAAUUGAUUUGGCUGAAAAGCCAGCAAUUGUUGAGCUCUCACUGCCAACCUGUGAUAUGAUAAAUAUAGAUUCGGAAGAUGAUGAUUUUGAAAAAGAAUUGGAUAGAAGAGAAAACAGUCGUCGAAUUUCCACUAUACAUAAUAAAGAUGACAACGAAAUAGACAAAUAUGUUGAAAAAGACUGCAAUGCAAUAGUGGAUGUGGGGAGAUUAAAGAUUUUAAUUUUAAAGGAAAUUCCUCAAGGUGAUUGGUAUUGCACAAAUUGUCAGUAUAAAAUGAAGCCUCCAUCACCUGUUAAGAAGAAACCAGUUUAUUAUGAAGAUGAUGAUGAUGACAGCAAUGACAUUGAUUAUGAUUAUUCCAUUACUGAUGAAAAUACAGAUAAACAGUAUCAAAGUGAAGAAAAUGAAGACACUUGUGAUGUAUGUAGUAAAGGUGGUACUUUAAUAUGCUGUGAUGGUUGUCCAUUAGCUUUUCAUUUGGAAUGUGUUAAUCCACCUUUACGCCGAGUACCAAGAGGUGUGUGGAAUUGUCCAAAAUGUUUAUCUUUGUCAGCAAAAAAGGCUGCUGCUGAAAAACAUAGUGCUAAUAAUUCUGGAUUAUAUAAAACAAGAGCUCAGCUAUUAUUAUCUAUUGGUGAUAGAAAAAAGAGAAGGUCGUCACCUACAUCAUUUAGCAGACACAGUAAUGAAUAUUCCAGUCCCGAUGAUAAAUCUUGUCCGUUGUCGUAUGUUACUUGUGAUAAAAUUAUAAGUUACUUAAUAAAGCAUCCAGAUAGUUGGCCAUUUUUAUGUCCAGUUAACAAGAAAGACGCACCAAGCUAUUACAAGAUCAUCAAAAAACCCAUGGAUUUGGGAACGAUUCGUUCUAAGUUGAACAAUAUGCAGUACAAUAAUAAUGAUGAAUUUGCCGCGGACAUUUAUUUGGUUCUACAAAACUGUGAACUUUAUAAUCCUGCAAGUAGCAUAGAAUAUAGGUGUGGACGAAGGUUGAUGAAAGCUUUGGAAAAAUGUUUAUACACCUAUAAACUGCAGAUAAAGGGCGUAGAAAAUGAAGAUAGUCAACCGGCCAAGAUCCGACGAUUAUCUUAACUAUAUGUGAUUACUCGAUUCUAAGAAUUGGUCGUUCACCUUAUGAUAUUUUUGUGAUUCAUCGAUCGCGUACUUUACGAGGACUCUGUCAUCAUAGAAUAUCUCAGCGGACGAUCGGAUCUGUACAGUUAUCAUGGGGGAAAAGGAAAAGUAUAUAUUAAAUUUUGUAGUUACUUUUAUACUAAAAUUGUUCGAUGCAUCUUCGAUUCGAGAUUCUCUCCAAAUACACACACGUACACGUUUCGAUAUUUUGUACGUAAGAUAUAUAUAUAAAUAAACACACAAUACAUUGUAUAUAAUCAUUAUUCCAUAAAAUGGAAUAAAGAAUGUAUAAUUUUUUAAUUUUUAUUUUUUAUCAUUCCAAAUUUUUAAAUCAUGCACAAACACCUGGAAUCGUUUCUCUAAAGCCGCCUGAAUUUUUUAUUCAUCGGGUAAAUGUGUCUACAAUUGUUUUCAUUCCUGCCUCAUACUGUAUGACUUAAUCGUCGACAUAUUUUAUAUUUAUUAAUGGGAGAAUCCUUAUCUAAAAAACCUCGUUUAUUAUUGUUAGAACCGUUUAAUUCAAUGCAUUUUUCUAAAUAUACUUUCAAAAAUGAUAAAUAUUGCAAAGCAUCUGGAGACUUGAUCAUGAUAGGAAUUUUAAAAUAUUCAAUCGUUUUAGUGCUUAUAUUUUUAAUAGGAUUUUUUAAUGGAAAUUUUCUUACCUGAAUCAAAUCUUCAGAUUUAGAUUUUUUUUUCAAAUGUAGAGAUUGCAAAUGUUCGGUCAUCUCGAACAAAUGCAAUUUCGGUAUUUUUGUCAGGGCUUAUCGACUCCAUCGAGCUGCCGUUAAGUUUAAAGCAAUAAUUAUCGAUACUCGGUUUUCAACCCUAAGCUAAUUUCGUUGUGUUGCAUAUUAAAUCUACCUGUUUGCAAAUAUCUUUGUCGGUAAAUUGUUUCUCCCUGAAAAGAAUCUAUUUUUACAUAGGUAUGUAGAUCAUAUAAUUGUGCAAUAAAAUACUUGAAUGGUU